AUGGCCCCCAAGCCUGUUUCCACUGCCUCGAAGGCCCCUGCCUCUACCACCGCAUCCAAGGCUCCCGCUAAGACCGAGAGCAAGGCCGCGAAGAAGACUGCAACCAAGCCGGCGGCGGGUGGCGACGGAGAGAAGAAGAAGCGCCGCAAGGCGCGCAAGGAGACGUACAGCUCGUACAUCUACAAAGUCUUGAAGCAGGUGCACCCCGACACGGGUAUCUCGAACAAGGCUAUGGCUAUCCUCAACUCGUUCGUCAACGACAUCUUCGAGCGUAUUGCGACGGAGGCUUCCAAGCUCGCGUCGUACUCCAAGAAGUCAACCAUCUCGUCGCGAGAAAUCCAGACUGCUGUUCGCCUCAUCCUCCCGGGUGAGCUGGCGAAGCACGCGAUCUCGGAGGGCACGAAGUCUGUGACAAAAUUCUCUUCGUCACAGAAGUGA